UUCAAACAGACAUCACUCGGGACUGGAGCAGUCAGUGCGCGCGCUGGGAUCUCUACAACUAUUUUAUUUUAUUUUAUUUUAUUUUAUUUAAUUUUUUAUGUUUUAUUUCUAACAGUGACCUGCAUUCUCCUGACAUGGCGACUCCUCCGAAGAGAACUUGCUCUCGUCCUGACUUUAACAGCAGUUUUGAAAAGAGAGUUAAGAAGGUAUCUAUUGAAGGGAACAUCGCUACAGGCAAGUCGACCUUCGUGCAGUUGUUGGAAAGAGAAUCUGAGGAAUGGGAAGUGAUCCCAGAGCCCAUUGGCAAGUGGUGCAAUGUUCAGACUGCGGAGAACGAGUACGAGGAGCUGACCACAUCCCAGAAGAGUGGAGGCAACCUGCUGCAGAUGUUGUAUGACAAGCCCAGCCGCUGGUCCUACACUUUUCAGACCUACGCUUGCCUAAGUCGAGUCCGUGCCCAGCUCCAGCCUCCCUCUGCCAAGCUGCAACAGGCUGAGCAUCCAGUUCAGUUCUAUGAGCGCUCGGUCUACAGUGACAGAUAUGUUUUUGCUUCAAACCUCUUCGAGUCUGGAGACUUGAAUGAGACAGAAUUUGCAAUCUACCAAGACUUUCAUAGCUGGCUUCUGUCGCAGUUUGAGUCUGACCUUGAGCUCGACGCCAUAAUCUAUUUGCGGGCCGAUCCUGAGAGGUGUAUGCAGCGCCUUAAACUCCGAGCUCGUGAGGAAGAGCAGGGAAUUCCUCUGGAGUACUUGGAGAAACUUCACUAUAAACACGAGUGUUGGCUCUAUAACAGAACUACACAGGUUGAAUUUGAGUACUUGAAGGAUCUCCCUAUUCUGGUGCUGGAUGUUAACGACGACUUCAAGAACGACCGAAUUAAGCAGCAGGCAGUGGUCGACAAGGUGCAAGAAUUCCUGUCUACACUCUAAUACAUAAUCAAGCACUCUCCUAAGAGUGUGUGUGUGUGUGUGUGUGUGUUUAUGAUAAUAAUAACAUGUUUAAAACAAUUUUUUUUCUUACCUCAAACAUACUCAUUUGCAGUAAUACAUAAUGCUGACAAAUGAUGUAUUACAUUUCAAUUGAAAUAUUUUUUAGAUUUUAUUAUGAUUAUUAUUUUCAUGGUCAAGCUUUUUUUUUCAGUGUUUGAUACAUGAUCACUAUAUUUUUAUUGUAAAUAUGUACAUUUCUGCUAUUAAAACUUUUAUGCUA